CUGCCGGGGAGGCUAACGUCGCCGCGAGGGUUUCUAGGAGAUGGAGUCCCUCGGGACCGGCUCUAGAGUGGACCGGAAGUUCCCUUCCGCAGCCCGGAAGUGGCCCAGGUCGGGGGACGGCUGCGGCGCCGACGAACUGAUGGCGUCCGCGGCCGGUGCUGAGCGGGAGGAGGCGCAGCGGCGCCCGCAGGGACAGCUCGGCCCGGGGGACAUGGAGGAGGAGGAGGGCCAGAGCGACGAGGCGCUGCCACUGAACCUGGGAGAGCUUGACCUGACCUCCGAAGAGUUCAUUCUGGACGAAGUGGACAUUCACAUCCAAGCCAACCUGGAAGACGCGCUCGUGCAGGAGGCCCUGAAGACGGGGGUGGACCUCCGGCAGUACUCCAAGCAGGUGGAACAGGAACUGCAGGAGAUUGAAAACGCCUCCAUCAAGGACUAUAUUAAGGAGAGCAAGAACAUUGCCUCCCUGCACACCCAGAUCACAGCCUGCGACGCCGUCUUGGAGCGCAUGGAGGCCAUGCUGAGCUCCUUCCAGUCCGACCUGAGCAGCAUCAGCUGUGAGAUCCAGACCCUGCAGGAGCAGUCGGUCGCCAUGAACGUUCGGCUGCGCAACCGCCAGGCCGUCCGCGGGCGCCUCUCCCAGCUGGUGGAUGAGCUGGUGGUGCCCAAUGUCAUGAUCAGCACCAUCCUGGAGACGCCAGUGACUGACCAGGCCUUCCUGGAGCAGCUGCAUGAGCUGAAUAGCAAGAUCAACGCCGUCAAGGAACAGGCCUUCCGCGAGACCAUGGCAUGCACGGAUGUGGCUGACAUCUUGGACAAGCUGAAGACCAAGGCGGUGGCCAAGAUCCGAGAGUCCAUCCUGCAGAAGGUCUACUCCUUCCGCAAACCUAUGACCAACUACCAGAUUCCCCAGAAUGCUCUGCUCAAGUACAGGUUUUUCUACCAGUUCCUUCUGGGCCACGAGCGGAUCAUCGCCAAAGAGGUCCGCGACGAGUACGUGGACACCAUGAGCAAGAUCUACCUCAGCUACUUCAAGUCCUACACCAACCGACUAAUGAAGCUCCAGUACGAGGAAGUGGCUGAGAAGGACGACCUCAUGGGGGUGGAGGACACAGGCAAGAAAGGCUUCUUCUCCAAGCCGUCCCUCCGCAGCCGCAACACCAUCUUCACACUGGGGAAUCGGGGGAACGUGAUCAGCAGCGCCGAGCUUGAAGGCCCCAUCAUUGUGCCACACUCGGCGCAGAAGAGCGACAUCCGAUACCCCUUCGAGUCGCUCUUCCGGAGCCAGCACUACGCCCUGCUAGACAACAGCUGCCGUGAAUACCUCUUCCUCUGCGACUUCUUCCUGGUGGCCGGGACGCCCGCCCUGGACCUCUUCCACGCCGUCAUGGGCAAGACCCUGGCCAUGUUCCUUAAGCACAUGAACGCCUACAUGAGUGACUGCUACGACAGCAUCGCCAUCUUCCUCUGCAUCCACAUCGUCCUGCGCUUCAAGGCCAUCGUGGCCAAGCGUAAUGUCCCGGCCAUCGACAAGUAUUGGGACACGUUGCUGGAGCUGCUCUGGCCGCGAUUUGAGUAUAUUCUGGAGCUGAACAUCCACAGCAUCCAGAGCACUGAUCCCCAGAAGCUGGGUUUCCUUGACACGCGGCCCCACUAUAUCACCCGCCGAUACGCAGAGUUUUCCUCGGCCAUCGUCAGCAUCAACCAGACCUUCCCCCACGAGCGGACUUUGGCCCUGCUGGGGCAGCUCCAGACCGAAGUGGAGAACUUUGUCUUGCGUGUGGCAGCCGAAUUUUCCUCCCGCACGGAGCAGCUCAUUUUCCUCAUCAACAACUAUGACAUGAUGCUGGGCGUCCUGAUGGAGCGAGCUGUGGAGGAGAGCAAAGAGGUGGAAGGUUUCCAGCAGCUCCUGAAUGCCCGAACUCAGGAGUUCAUCGAGGAGCUUUUGGCCCCCGGGUUUGGGGGCAUGAUAGCCUUUGUGAAGGAGGUGGAGGGGCUGGCUGAGCGGGGCCAGCUGGACCGCCUGCGAGGGGAGGAAGCCCGGGUGACGCAGCUGGUGCGUGGCUUUGCUGCAACAUGGAAGGCGGCCGUGGAGGCCCUCAGCCAGGACGUGAUGCGCUCCUUCACCAACUUCAAGAAUGGCACGACCAUCAUCCAGGGAGCGCUGACGCAGCUGAUCCAGUACUACCACCGCUUCCACAAAGUCCUGGCGCUGCCCCCCCUCAAGGCGCUUCCUGUCCGGUCGGAGCUGAUCAACAUCCACCACCUGAUGGUUGAGGUGAAGAAGCACCGACCGAACUUCUGAGGCGGCCCUCGGCCCUUCGCGCUCUGUACGGCGAUCCGCGCGGCGAUCCGAAUAAACUCUUGCAACUCUUGACGGCCUCCCUGGAGCCAAGGCAGAGGGGCGGGGGGCGCUGGAAGAGGGUGCCGGGUUCAGCAGCACCUGGUCAGGUCUGCCCUGCGAGCUGCCUCGGCCCGUGCGGAGCUUGGCUGGGGCCAGCCUCGCUCAGGGCUUGGCUUGGGAGCGCGUCACACAAGCCCAGAAGCUGGGCUAGUCCCCUAAAGAGGUUAACGGGCUUGUUUGUGAGUGCAGCGGCUGAGAAAACUGAUCCAGCCAAGCGUGCUCUGUGAGCGUAGCCACAGGAUUGAUUAGUGACCAGUAGCAAUAUUUAUUAUUUAUUCCAUUUAUGUAGCCGCCUUCUCAAUCCAGGUGACUCUGGGUGGCGAUAUUUUGGGUGCCAGGUACGCCAUUCCAGUCCAGACAGGUAACGAGAGGACCCAAGGAGAAAACCAUCUCAUGCAAGGUGCAGACUCCCCCGCAGGAUGCAGCGACAGCCGCUCCUUUGGCCGGCCUCGGCCCCUCUGCCCCUUCUUGCGGGCCACUGCAGCGCACCCCCUCCUCCCCUGAGGGCGGCCCCUGCCCUUCUCCCCCUUCCCCAACGGAUAGCCAGCCCUCUCUGCCCCCCCACCUCUCUACCCUGCAGGAGCCCUUGGCGUGAGAUGCCCUGUGGUUGCUCUUCCCUCCCAGGGGUCUCCGCACAUCAGCUGGUGCUUCAGCAGUCACGCAACCCUGGAGCACAUUGCAAAGGACCAGCGGUGGCUGCUCUUCCAGGCAGCCAGGUGGCACGCACUCGGCUACCAGAUUGGCUCCGGAAGGCAGUUUGCACGUGCACAGGUGGACCCCAUUUGUUGUAUGCUCCACACCAUGCCAGCCUGGAUCUGG